AUGACUGAUGAAUUCAAUCGAUAUUAUAUCAAAACUCGAGCUAUUUUGGGAAUAGAUUCAAAAACAAUCUUUGACGAACUUACAGAGGCAUUGGGACCUGAUGCUCCAUCAUAUCCAACAGUCAGAAGAUGGGCGAAACGUUUUCGUGAAGGAAGAGACGAUGCCACUGAUGAUCCUCGAUCUGGUCGUCCGAUUUCGGUACUUACAGAUGAAAAUGUUGAACGCGUUCGACAAGUUAUCGAAGAUGAUCCACACUCAACUUAUGAUGAUAUUAUGGGUGAGACUGAUCUAUCACGUGGUACAAUAGAACGAAUUAUUCAUGAUCGCCUAAAGAUGAGAAAAGUUACAUCACGUUGGGUUGCUCAUCAACUUACUGACGAACAAAAACAAAAACGACUUAGAAUUUGUCGUCAAAAUUUAGAGAAAUUUAGAAAUGGAACAUGGCAUUUAUGUGAUGUUAUUACUGGUGAUGAGACAUGGAUUUAUCACAGGCAGAUUGGUCGAAAGUGA